AUGGCGUACAAGGUCACCGUCACGAGGGUCGUGGUGGUCAUUUGGCCACGUCCCAGACUGGCAAGGGUGCGGUGGCAGCCAUCCCGCGGCUGUAUAACGCCGGCCACCGCCCCCUUCGCGCGGACCCUAACUCGUUUCCCCUCUCGCCUCUCCCGGUCUCCCCUCAUCCUCCUCCCUCGCCCGAGCCUCGAGUCGCCGCGCCGCCGAUGUCCGCACGCUCCGGCACCUCCCCGAGCAGCGCCUAGUCGUUUAGCAGCUCCAGGGGGUCCCCUUCUUCCUCUACGUCGCAAGAUCGACGCCGAGGAGCGCCACAACGUCUCAUGUGUUGUUCCCCUCGCCAGGAUCUGCCUGGCUGUCGCCUCGUCGCGCUCGACUCCAGCAAGCCCCGGCUUCCCCGAGCGCCUCCCUCACCUCCCCUAUGAUGGAACCGAGGAGAUGGCAUAUCCCGCCGAUGACGACUGCUACCCCCGACGGUGCCUGCUACCUCUUGAGCUUGCAUUGGUUUUUCCCUUGAAGAGGAAAGGGUGA